AUGAGUUCCUGUUUCCGCAGUGAAGAGAUGUGUCUGGUGCAAUUAUUCUUCCAAACGGAGUCAGCCCACAACUGCAUCAAUGAGCUUGGACAUCUGGGACUUGUGCAAUUUAAAGACUUAAACCCUGAUACAACCUCUUAUCAGAGACGAUUUGUAAAUGAAGUUAAAAAAUGUGAGGAUAUGGAAAGAAUAAUCAGGAUUCUAAGAAAGGAAAUGAAAAAGACCAACAUUUUUGUUGCUGAAGCGUUGCAGAGUGAUAGAGGUCCUGGCCCAAGGGACAUAGUAGAGCUGGAGACAACCUUUACCAAACUAGAAAAGGAGCUAAAAGAGAUCAAUUCAAACCGUGAGGUUCUCCGAAACAACGUCAUGGACCUCAUGGAAAUGAGCUAUCUCCUGCACAUGACUGAGGAAUUCUUUGACGAGGCUGAGUCCCGGCUCUCCUGUUCUGAGCUCCCAUCAGAGGACUCUAUAGCUGCCUACCCCAGGGUGGCCAGCCGUCGUACCAGCAGCUGCAGUGCCAGCGGUCCCCUGAACCUUAGGUUUGUGGCUGGAGUCAUCAGGCAGGAGCGCAUUCCUGCCUUUGAGAAGGUCUUGUGGCGAGUGUUUCAUGGGAAUUUCGUCCUGCGACAUGCUGAGAUCCAGCCCCCUGGAGAAUCCCCCAUGAUAGAGGAUUUUGUCAAGAAAGACGUCUUUAUCGUGUUUGUGCAGGGAGACCAGGCUAAAGGAAAAAUUAAAAAGAUAUGUGAUGGGUUUCAUGCCAGUAUGUAUCCAUGUCCAGACACAGCAAAUGCUCGAAAGGACAUGAGGAACACUGUCAACACACGCAUAGAAGAUCUUCAAAUGGUCGUAAAGAGGACAGAAGAGUACAAGGAGAGCGUCCUGACUGCGGCAGCAGCACAUCUAGAGGAAUGGAGGACCAAGGUCAAGAAGAUGAAGGCCAUUUAUUACACGCUGAACCUCUGCAACACAGAUAUCACUCAGAAGUUAAUUGUGGCUGAGAUCUGGUGUGCAGUGUCUGACCUCAACAAAGUGCAAGCUGCAUUAAUCGAAGCGUCGAAGCAGAGUGGAUCCAGUUUGCAUCCAGUCUUGAACAGAAUACACACCCAGCAAACCCCACCAACAUUUAACAGGGUGAACACUUUCACUGCAGGUUUUCAGAGCAUCAUCAAUGCCUACGGCGUGGGAGAUUACCAAGAGAUCAACCCAGCUCCAUACACCAUAGUGACGUUCCCCUUCCUGUUUGCUGUCAUGUUCGGGGACUGUGGCCACGGCCUCCUCAUGGCUGUCUUGGCCGUGUGGAUAAUCUUCCAAGAGGAGAAGUUUAAAGAACUGAACAAUGAGCUAAUCAAUGUCCUUGUCAAUGGCCGGUACAUUGUUUUGCUCAUGGGCCUCUUCUCCAUCUAUACUGGUCUCAUCUACAAUGACUGCUUUUCAAAGUCCCUGAACAUCUUCGGCUCAGCCUGGAGGGUCAAUGCUAUGUUUGAACCCUCUGGACCAUGGACGAACAAGACGCUGCUUCAUUGUGAAGAUCUCCAGCUGGACCCCCUGGUCCCUGGGGUUUACUCUGGGACGCCCUAUCCCUUCGGCAUAGACCCGAUUUGGAGCAUAGCAACAAACAAGCUAUCAUUUCUGAAUUCAUACAAGAUGAAGAUGUCAGUCAUACUAGGUGUGGUUCAUAUGCUCUUUGGGGUCACACUCAGUCUUCUGAAUUACAUAUAUUUCAAGAAUGCAAAGGGAAUCCUCCUGCAGUUCAUUCCCGAGCUGGUCUUCAUGCUCUCUCUCUUUGGCUAUCUGGUGGUCCUCAUCUUCUUUAAGUGGUGUGUGGAGCUCCAACCAGACACGGCGCCCAGCAUCCUGAUCCUCUUCAUCAACAUGAUGCUCUUUGCCUAUGACGGGCCAGGCGACUCCAUGCUUUUCCAUGGCCAGGCACCUGUUCAGAUCUUUCUGGUGGUCUUGGCUUUUCUCAUGGUGCCCUGGCUGCUCCUGGUCAAGCCCCUCGUCAUCUACAGAGAGCACAAGACUGCAAAACAACAGGUUUUAACAAACAAGGUCCCUCUGGAGAAGGUAGGAUAUUUUCUCCAAGAGCCCCUGAGCAGUGUGGUUUUGCAGGUCAGCAUGGGAGACGUCCUUGUGUACCAGGCCAUCCACACCAUUGAGUUCUGCCUGGGCUGUAUCUCCAACACUGCGUCCUACUUGCGUCUGUGGGCUCUCAGUCUGGCCCAUGCUGAGCUCUCGGAAGUGCUGUGGAAGAUGGUUCUACGUUCGGCUUUAACCAUCACCUCUGAACUAGGGUCAGUCUUGGUGGUAGUCCUCUUUGCUGGGUUCGCCAUCCUCACUGUCGCCAUCUUACUGAUCAUGGAAGGUCUCUCAGCUUUCCUCCAUGCCCUUCGCUUGCACUGGGUUGAGUUUCAGAACAAAUUCUACAAAGGAUCAGGAUAUGAAUUCUCACCCCUUUCCUUCACCAAACUGCUUAGUGAAGACUGACCCAUCUUUCACCAAACUGCUUAUUGAAGACUGACCCAUCUUUCACCAAACUGCUUACUGAAGACUGACCCAUCUUUCACCAAACUGCUUACUGAAGACUGAUCCAUCCUUCACCAAACUGCUUACUGAAGACUGAUCCAUCUUUCACCAAACUGCUUACUGAAGACUGACCCAUCCUUCACCAAUUUGCUUAGUGAAGACUGACCCAUCUUUCACCAAACUGCUUAGUGAAGACUGACCCAUCCUUCACCAAUUUGCUUAGUGAAGACUGACCCAUCUUUCACCAAACUGCUUAGUGAAGACUGAUCCAUCCUUAACCAAUUUGCUUAGUGAAGACUGACCCAUCUUUCACCCAACUGCUUACUGAAGACUGACCCAUCCUUCACCAAACUGCUUAGUGAAGACUGACCCAUUCUUCACCAAUUUGCUUAGUGAAGACUGACCCAUUCUUCGUAUGUGGAGCAUAGGUGUAUUUGAACAGGAGACUCUAUUCUACUGUGAUUUUUUUUUUCCGUGUCCAUAUUUUACCAUUUUCAAUUCAUCCAUUUCAGUUUAGAAGAUUGGCAAAGGAAUGCUAUUUAUGUAUGUGUUGUGC